CCAUCAUCAUCAUCAUGCCUGGGAGAAAAGCCGGCUCCACCUCUCUGGAAAAGGAGCUGCCCUCCCCCGUGAGCGUGCCAGUUGGACUGGUCCUGGCCCUGACCCUGCCUGUAUCCCUGGCUGUUCUGUGGAAGUUCAGCCUCCCCCUGCUGGCUGUGUCUGUACUGGGGGAGGAGGCUGUACAGAGGGUCACAGAUGUGGCAUUUGACCUAGCUGCCCAUUUCACCUCGCCGUGCCCGGUGUGGAUCCCCCACGCUGAGCGGCGCUGGCUGCAGCAGCCGUCAGACAGACAGAUCCGCCGAGUCAGCAACAUCAGCAGGAGGGAGUUUGUCAUGGUGGUCAACAGGGGAGAGCCUGUCAUCAUCACGGAUGCCAUGCAAGGUUGGGAAAGCUUGAACAGAUUUGAUUGUGACUACUUCAUCAAGACAUACCCCACAGCUGAAUAUUUUGACUGGCAAAAAGGCCAUAAGAUCCGGUUUGGUGACAUCCCUACAGUAUACGGAGGAGACCCAGACUCCUGGAAAUGUGCCAGCGGCUACUUCGACACAUUCUGGGACACCAACAUGAAGGCAGCAGUGGACUGGUUAGCCCAGGUCCCGGAGCCGUACUUCCUACCUGAGGGCAGCCUGACCGCCAGCACGGCCGGACACGUCAGGGCACCCAUGAUGACUGGAUUCUUAGGAACACCUGGGACAGGUGUGUCGCCUCACCUGGACGAGACCUGCGAAACUUUCAUGACUGUACAGUUCUCAGGUGUGAAGAACUGGAGUCUGUCCUGGCCAGAGGUGCAUGAUGGGAAGCUCAGGUGGUCUCCGCCUAUGGUUUUCACCUUGAACCCUGGAGAGAUCAUGCUGUGGUACGUGGGCAUGAGGCAUCACACGGAAGUUGUCUCCGGCUGUUCCCUGAGUUUCAGCUACAGAUUCAGCACCCCUGCCCCCAUGAACUACUUUGAGAAGCUCAGGAACGCUCUGCAGUCGUUUCCCCAGGAGGAGAUAAGGAAACUGUUUGCUGAGACCAAAGCUAUGGAUGUGGACUAUGCAGAACACUGUGAAGUAAACAGGCAUGGGGACAGAGUACAUCUCAGCUGAGAAAGAAAAUCAUUAAGUUAAACUUGAAGACUAAAUUAGAAAGGCUUAAUUAGAAAGUUCUGUGCUGAGACCAAAGCUAUGGAUGUGGACUAUGCAGAACACUGUCAAGUAAACAGGCAUGGGGACAGAGUACAUCUCAGCUGAGAAAGAAAAUCAUAAAGAUCUCUGAAAUAUUUUCAGUAUAACGUAAUGUUACUACUUAGAGUACAGUUCAGAUGUUCAUGGUACACGAUGGCUAAGUUAGAAAUCUCUUUGCUGAAAGCUAAAGAUGUAGACUUUACAGUAAACAGUAGAGUAGGCAGGCAUGGGGAGAGCUCAGCUUGCAGAACACUGUAGGGUAGAAAGGUAUGGGGACCAGAUACAUGUCAGUUGACAAAAAUCAUUUACAGGGACCAUGGUUGACAGAUGAUGAUGAUGCCUGGGAGUAAACCUGGGGAUGUGAACAGAUAUAGAAAAGUGGUACAGAAUGUAACAGAAACAUAGAGAAAGUGACCUGUCCACAAAAAAAUUGUUGGUACUCGGAAACCAGAACAUCAGAACAACACAAUGUUGACAGGGUACAAAAAAUGUACAUCUUGUUGUAAGGAUGGUGGGUGUAGAAGUCAUACUACAUAAUUAUCAAGUGAGAGAACUAUCUUCAGGGACUUAAGUAAUGGAUGUGGACAUUGCAAAUUAUCUUAGGGUGGUUUUGUGCAUUAUACUAAUCAAGAGCAAUAUAAAAAAAGUAAGAUUGACAGCACUAUAUUUUAAGACUAUGCAAUCAAAACCAAUGACAAUUUUACAAAAAGAUGAGUAAAAAAGGAAGGAAUUGUAAAAUUAUGGGUGUUUAAUAAACUUUGUCAAAGCUAAAUAAUUUUCAUAAUACCAACCAAGCACCACAAAGCACCACAAGAAAAUUAGUGUAUAUACAUGAUACAUUUCUCACA